AACUUUUAGUUGUGUUCACGAAUUUUGCCGGUGAAAUCCAGUUAUAGGAAUCCACAGGUUCAGGAAAGUCUUGUGACGGCAAAAGAUUUCCCCAGGUGACUUUUGUAUGAGAUUUUUAAACAACACUACACUAUUGAAAAUCGACAAGGUAACCAAUGUAAUGCAACUGCAGCUUUAGAGGACAGCAGGGUUCCUCUAGAUUUUAGAACAGAGCCUAUGAUGGGAGGCAGUAUCUUACCCUUUAGCAUGAAUAUUCAUCUUUAGUGUCUUGUUGAAGUAAUGGGAACAGAGCCAGUAAAGUUUAUUUAUAUUUCAGUUGAUUCAUAAUUCAUCAUGCCUUAAAUCAUGCCUUAAUUAAUUUGACAUCAAAUGUGGGUGGCAAAUAUUUAGUUACAAAGCCUGUAUGAUGUUACUGUUUCAAUUUGAUGAUGUUUCUUUUUUAAUCAGGGUGAUGUGGCUUCAUACACCGUAAGCAACCAUUCUCGUAUUCUGGGAUCCAAUUCGCAAAGCCACGGUAAAAAUCCCUGUCAAAAAAACAAACACUGAAACUGUGCGUUUGCCGGAGGGAUUGUCAUUGUACUCUGUUCCAGUUCCACCAAAGGAUUUUGACUCAAUUUCAAGGAAACAAUAACACAAGUAGGGUGGAUAACAUCUCAAUUUCCUUGUGGGAGAACGAGCCAUUUAACUUUGGCACAGACUGCAACUAAAAGGUCUGGUGGGUCUUUAAUUGCCUCUCUCCGGAGCAACGCAGAUGGACCAGCCAACGCCACCAGUAUCAUCAUGGCUGGAGGUCGAUGUGGAUUUGGGGUUUGCCCUCUUUUUUCUCUUAAUUCUUUGCCUUUUUUUGGUGGUAACCAUUGUGCGUUGCGCUCAAACAGUUGUGGAUCCAUAUGGAGCCAUUUCCACCUCCACCUACCAGGAGGAGCAGAUAAAUAACUGAUAUCUGAUCUCGCCAAUCCAACACAAAGGACUUUCUGAAAACCUCUGUGUCCAGAAUGGAAGUUUGUGCAUUAUACAAUG